AUGGCUGAUACAGGUGGCGGCUGGAAGUGGUCAAUAUCCGGAACACAUCGCUACGUCGUAAAACGAUUGUAUUCGGAUGCCAAUCAUCCUCAGUCGGCAACAAGCGCUGCGAUACCGAAUGCCGACAUCCGAUCACCGGUGACGAUGGAGGCGACUGCCAAAUACAGGUACAGCGUGACCCUUGGGUCUUUUAUCUUUCUAGGAUAG